CUGGCUAUAUAAAGAGGGCCCCGGCUGGCAGCGGGCUACACUGAAGCCUCGUCACGAUGCCCGCACCGGCACCGCACUUCUCCCUGCUGCUGGUUCUCUCCAUACUGCACUUCUGUGCCGCUCAGCCUCUGUUUGUCCUCAUUGCCCCGAAUGUCCUGAGAGCUGACAGAGAGGAGACGGUCGUUCUGGAGGCUCACGACUUUAAUGGAGACAUCAAUGCAAAUAUCCAAGUGUUGAAAUUCCCCUCUAAAGAGCGGCUGUACCCAACUAACAACGAGAACAACAUGGUGCAGCUGACGGCACAGAACGAUUACCGCAACACCUUACAGAUCAAGUUUUCUGCCAGUAAUUUUAAGCAAGAUGCCCGCCUCAAUAGCUUUGUCUAUUUGGUGGCCACGGCAAACCAGUUCAAUCUGGAGAAGGUCGUUUUGGUCUCAUUCCACUCUGGAUACGUGUUUGUGCAGACGGAUAAGACCAUCUACACCCCAAACGAACACGUGAUGUACAGACUUUUCCCGCUGACGCACGAGCUCGGCCCAUCAGAGGAGUCCAUCUCGGUUGAGAUUCUGACUCCUGACGACAUUGUUGUUAAGAAGGAGGUGAUCAAGGCCUCGUCUGGAAUUCACCCCGGCUCGUUCAAGAUCCCGGAACUUGUCCACUUUGGUGCCUGGAAGGUGGUGGCCAAGUAUGAGUCGGAGGAGUGGGUGAACUUCACCGCCCAGUUUGAGGUGAAGGAGUACGUGUUGCCGAGUUUUGAAGUCACUCUAGUGCCAGCUCGCAAAUUUUUCUAUGUUAAAGACACAUCUCUCGAAGUCACUGUCACUGCCAGAUUCCUUUACGGUGAACCUGUUAAAGGAUUGGCAUACGUAGUUUUUGGGGUGCUGGUCAACGAUAAGAAAGUCAGCCUAACGGACUCCCUCCAAAUUGUCGAGAUUUCGGAAGGUGAAGGAAAAGCCACACUCACCAGCGCCAUGAUUAAAAAGUACUCUUCAGACAUAAACCAGCUUGUGGACCAAACCAUCUACAUCUCGGCGUCCGUCUUAACAGCUUCUGGCAGCGACAUGGUGGAGGCCGAGCUGGAAGGCAUUAAGAUCGUCACCUCACCCUACAAGAUCCUCUUCACCAGGACGCCCAAAUUCUUCAAACCUGGCAUGCCUUUUGAUGUCAUGGUUUUGGUAACAAACCCAGAUGGCUCCCCUGCCAAUGGCGUUGAUGUAGAAACAGUGGAUGGGAAAGUGACUGCCAAGACUGGGAUAGAAGGCACUGCCAGGAUGAGCCUCAACACCGUGCAGGACGGCAACAACCUGAGGAUCAGCUUGAGAACCCGCGUUCCAGGUCUUAAUCCAGAACAGCAAGCUAAAAGCACAAUGGAGGCCCAACCCUACACAACCCAGAGGGGCUCCAGAAACUACCUGCACAUUGACAUCCAGGCCACCGAGCUGAACCCGGGGACGAACUUAAAGAUCAACCUGCACAUCCAGACCAACGACCAAGCCACCCAGGAGCAGAUCAAGUACUUCUCCUACAUGAUUAUGAAUAAAGGGAGCCUGGUCAGAGCUGGCCGACAGGUGAGGCAGAGAGGGCAGUCGCUGGUCACCCUGUCACUGCUGGUGGACACUCAGCUGGUCCCGUCUUUCCGCUUUGUCGCCUACUACUUCGUAACCACUGGAGGUCAAAAGGAAAUCGUGACCGACUCCAUCUGGGUGGACGUGAAGGACACGUGCAUGGGAACGCUUCAAAUAACAUCAAACAAAAGGGCAUUUGAACCCAGCAGAAAGUUUGACUUCUCCAUAACGGCGGACCCCGGAGCCAAAGUUGGGCUGGUGGCCGUGGAUAAGGCCGUGUUUGUGUUGAAUUCCAAGAACAAGCUGACGCAGAAGAAGAUCUGGGACUUUAUAGAGAAGAAUGACAUCGGCUGCACACCAGGGAGUGGACGUGAUAACAUGGGGGUCUUUGCCGAUGCCGGCCUGCUGUUCCAUUCCAGUGUGGACAUUGGCACACCGUUGAGGAGAGAGCUUUACUGUCCAGAGCCUCCCAAAAGAAGACGCCGCUCGCUGACUUUGGCUGUGGAGAAGCAAAGCUUGGCAAGUAAAUACAAAGACCCCCAGGUGCGCGUCUGCUGCAUAGACGGCAUGGUGGAAAUUAGCAUGGAUUUUAACUGCAAGAAGCGCUCGACGUACAUCACGAAAGGCAAGGAGUGCAUGGAGGCCUUCCUCUACUGCUGCACCGAGAUCGACAAGAAGCGCCAAGAGAGCACGGGCACGGAACUCUUCCUGGCACGCAGUGAAGAAGAAGACGACAUUCUGAUGGGUGAGAUUACGUCGCGGUCAAUUUUUCCUGAAAGCUGGUUGUGGAAAGUGGUGCCGAUACCAGAGAAGCCCACCGACGACGCUGGUCUGGUCACUCAUAAAAUUUCUGAUACGUUGAAGGAUUCAAUCACCACGUGGGAGAUCCUGGCCAUCAGCAUCUCUCCAAGGAAAGAGGGGAGACCACCUCUAGGCAUCUGUGUGGCGCAGCCCUUUGAAAUCACCGUGAGCAAGAAGUUCUUCAUCGAUCUGAGGCUGCCGUACUCCGUGGUGCGCAACGAGCAAGUGGAGGUCAAGGCCGUGAUCUACAACUAUGACGACAGCGAGAUGAACGUGCGGGUCGAUUGGCAGGAGACGGAACACAUCUGCAGUCUGGCGACCAGGAAGAAGUACUUCACACAGACGGUGCAAGUCAGAGAGAAGUCCUCCGUCGCUGUGACCUUCACCCUCAUCCCCUUGAAGGCCGGGGACAGGACGAUAGAAGUCAAGGCCCUGGGCAAGUCAGCAGACCUGAGCACAAUUGUCGCCGAUGGUGUGAAGAAACGUCUGCGCGUGGUGCCAGAGGGGGUGCAGAAGAGAGAGACCAUCAAAAGCGUCGUGCUGGAGCCGUCUAAAGUAGCUGGGGGUGUCCAAAAGGAGACCAUCGGUAAAAUGAUGCUGAAAGACAUGGUCCCUGAAUCGGAGGCGCACACCUACAUCAGUGUGAAAGGUGAGCUUGUGGGAGAAACCAUAGAGACCAUACUGGGAAGUGGAAAUCUCACCGACUUUAUCAAAUUACCCACUGGAUGUGGAGAGCAGAACCUGGGCAAGCUGGCAUCGGUCGUCAUGGCGACACUGUACCUUGACAAAAGCAAUCAGUGGCUUCAGUUUGGAAUGGAGCGGCGGGCCGUGGCCAUCAACUACAUUCAGCAAGGUUACACAAGGCAGCUGACCUACCGCUCUGCUGGGGGCUAUGCAGUGUAUCCCAACCAACAGCCAAGCACCUGGCUGACUGCCAGAGUGCCCAAAGUGUACUCUCAGGCCGGGACCCUGGUGCACAUCGACCAGCAGACACUCUGUGACCCCAUCAACUGGCUGAUCAUCAACAAGCAGCGAGCCGAUGGCUCCUUCACCGAGUCUGCCCCCAUUUUUGUGAGGAAUGAUGGAGGGUCCAGUUCUGAAGCUGACAUGCAGCUCACCGCCUUCGUCCUCAUUAACUUGGCUGAGACCGCCACAGUGUGCAGGGGAUACAUCCAGGACUUGGAUCAGCGCAUCGAACGGGCUGCCAGCUUCUUGGACAGGCAUUACCUCGGCCUGAAGAACUCGUACACGGUAGCUCUGGCGUCAUAUGCCCUGGCACUGACUGGCAGAGGAGUGCAGGAGUCCUUCUUAAUGAUGUUUGCAUCACCAGAUAAAACUCACUGGACGGGAACAUACCCCCUGGAGGCCACGGCUUUCGCCGCCCUGGCACUUUUAAAGGCCAAGCGGUACGAACCACUGAGGCCCAUCAUGAAGUGGCUGACAGAACAGCGCAGCUAUGGUGGCGCCUAUGGCUCCACUCAGACCACCGUUGCUGUGCUUCAGGCGUUGACUGAAUUCCUGAUUGAGGCCCCCGUCUAUGAGGACAUGAACCUGGACAUUGAGCUGGAUGUGUCAGGACGAUCCAAUCUGAUCAGGUGGAAGUUCAUCAAGUCCAACUCCAUGCUUGCCAGAUCAGAGAAGGUGCAGUUUGGGAAGGAAAUCAGCGUGACGGCCAAAGGAAGUGGACAGGGAACGGUGACGGUGAUGACCAUCUACAAUGCCCUGCCCGAGACCAACGCCACGGAGUGCCGGACGUUUGAGCUGAAGCUGCUUUUAGAGAGAAAGCCCGAGGCAAAGCGACCCACAGGCGCAAGUGACACGUACCUGCUGACCAUCGACAUGCAGUACCUCAGCACCAGGGAAGCCACAAUGUCCAUCCUGGAUAUCUCCAUGCUGACCUGCUUCAUGCCGGACACCACUGACCUGAAGCGGCUGUCAUCGGGCGUCGACAGAUACAUUCAGGACUACGAAUUGGACAAGGCUCUGUCCGAAAAAGGCUCGCUCAUCAUCUACUUGAACAAGGUUUCCAAUCAGUCCCCAGACACCAUCGCCUUUAAAAUUCACAAGAUGUGCGAGGUGGGCUACGUGCAGCCGGCUGCUGUGACCAUCUACGAGUACAAUGACUUGGAGAAGCGCUGCAUGAAGUUCUACCACCCGAACAAGGAGAGCGGCCUCCUCAGCAGGCUGUGUGAUAAGGACCUGUGCAGGUGUGCAGAAGAAAAUUGUGCGCGGCUCAUCGAAAAGAAAACUCGAGAAGAGCGCCUGGACGCUGCCUGUGAGUCGGGAGUCGACUUCGUGUACAGAGCCACGGUUCUGGACUCCGUUGAACAUUCGCCGUACGUGUACAACACGCUGCAAGUGGAGCAAGUCAUCAAACCAGGAACUGACCAGACCCCCGGGGACGCCCCCAGAAUCUUCCUCUCUCACAGCAGCUGCCAGGGCUCGGUGGCACUCGGGAGAAAUCAACAGUAUCUGAUCAUGGGGAAAUCGAGCGACCUGUGGCCAGUGGAGAAGCAGCAGAUGAAGUACGUUCUCGGCGGAGGGACCUGGCUUGAGAGGUGGCCAUCAGGUGGGGAAUGCCACAGCUCCAAGUACAAGCGACUCUGCGACGACCUCCGGUUUUUCAGUGAAAACAUAUUUGAGUUUGGCUGCCCCAAUUAGCAGCCAGAAGGAUUUCUGCGCCCCCUGAGGGUCUUCUCCUGUGUGUCCGUUUUCUUGUCAUUUUCUUUUUUUCCUCUUGACGUCUCAUCAAAAUGUGGACCACUUAAUGUUGUCAUCAUGAUGGCUUCUCGUUGAAAUAAAGGAACCCCUGGCCACGA